UCACUUGAACCCAGGAAGUGGAGGCUGCAGUGAGCCAAGAUUGUGCCACUGCCCUCCAGCCUGGACGACAGAGCAAGAUUCUUUCUCAAAAACAACAACAACAACAACAACAACAAACUAAAGAGUAUCUACAAGUUCUGUAGAAAAUACAAAAGCCUUCAGAUUUUUCCUGACAUUUAGGGCCAUAGAGGCUGAGCUGUAACCCUCACAGCAUGGAAUAGGGGAGUGUUCUCCGGGGUAAGCUUCCUCAUCUUAAUUCUCCGUAUGUGCCUAUGUAAAUUCAUUUAGGAAAAGCUUUAUUCUAUUUUCAGUGAUAUCUUUCAUUAAAUUAUGAUAUCUGUACAUAUUUUUAAAUAUUGAACUAAAAGGGAAAAUACAAUCUCUUUUUUACAGAAAGGGCCUCUGGAGAAAAGCCUGCAUUUCAUAGAAUUUAAAAUGGAUUCUUUACUAUGUCCAGCAAUUGAUUGGAUCCCUUUGCAUUGUAAGGCUCAGGUUCUCUUUCAUGCCCUGUCGAUAAUGAGGAAGUUAUUUACUCAAUAACUGUUAACCAAUAAAUGAAUGUUCCAAUUAAGUUGUUUGAAAUGGCCAAGGUAACUUCAAUAUGAACUAGAGUAAUAUUGAGUCAUGUCGACCCCUUUGAUAAAAUUUUGGUAGAAAGUAAUUGCGUUCAAAUAAAACAAAAAGAAGUGAACACACUUCUCGUCUAAAUCACAAAUGAUUUUGUGGAUUAAGGAUGCCAGCACCUGAGACUUGAGGAGCAGAAUGAUGCCGGCAGUAAACUCCUUGCAGGCUUUCUACUGUUUGGGGGUGUGACGGAGAAAAGCAGCCUGAAGAAAAGAGGCCGAAUGGACCCCUUCUUCCUAGAAGGCAGACCCCAGGAAUUCUCUGAAAGACACCCCUACCUUUACCCUACACCCUCUCCUCAAAUAACAAAAUCUCCUGUGUCCCAUGAGGCGAACAGUUCUUCAUGUGGCACCCCACUUCUCAGUUCUCCAUGAGCUAGUAGAGCUGGCCAGAUGGCAGGCUGGGGGGGUCUCCCAGCCUCUCUCAACCAGCUGUGUCGUGUCCGCUGCAGAAGAUGCUCUGGGUUUCUGGUGAGCCUGUCCAAAGAAGCUCCUGCCUCUGACCAAAGAGUAGGUCCGGAGGAUGGGCCAGGUAUCUAAGUAGAUCCAAGGGGUUGGAAACCAAGUUCUCUGAUUUACACCUCAGAACGCAGGAGGCACAAGGACUGGUGGAAACAAGGGGACAGGGUAUGUGGGAUGCAGCCCUCCGGAUCCAGGACCUCCAGGACCUGCAGUGGUUGCAUUAGAGACUGCGUUUGGUUAUUCCGCCGGACCACAACCCUGAGCCCCCAUGGCAGACCCUAAGGUACUGCCAUCUGCAGGUUACCCACACCUUUAUCUGUUGGUCAUGCAUGAGAACGAGGGUUAAAAUUGUGAACCAUGCCAAGAGGAGCUGAAGCAGCUUAGGAAAGCAAGUAGGCUUCUAAGACGAACUUCAGGAACUCUCUCCUACGAGUAGGUGCUUUCUGGGUUUCAUUCAUAAGAAACAAACCCUUUGCUGAAAAAAAAAAAAAAAAAAAAAAAACUACAGCAAACAAACACAAACUCCCUGGUAGAGAAUUGGACAGAAAUUCUGUACCAGAUAUAUCCUAGCUACUUAGCUACUGCUGAGUGAAUGAUUACAACUUCCAAUCCGGAUAUGCAGAAUCAGGAGGAAUGAAACAGCUUCCCCUUUUCUGUCCACUUUAGUCAUCUGUUGCUGUGUAAUAAAUUACUCCCAACGCAUAGGGGGUUAAAACAAUAUUUACAGUCUCAUAGCUUCUGUGUGUCAGGGGUCCAGGCCCAGACUCACUUCUGGUUCUGAAUUUCUCACAGGGCUGCAUCUCAAACUUCAAUGAGGGCAGGAUCCACUUUUCCAGCUUUUUCCCACGGUUGUCAGCAGGACUCAGUUUCCCACGAGCUGUUGGUUUGUUGCCAGGUGGGCCCCUUUGCAGAGCAUGUCACAGCACGGCAACUGCUCCACCAGCGUGAGCAAUGCUAGCAGCGCUGUGAACCUCUCUCAAGUCAAGAUGUCCAUUUAGAAAGGAAACUUACAAGGUGUCCUCUAUUCCCGGGACUUCAGCAUUUUCCUGAUUAAGGACCACUUUUAAUUUCCCCCCAAAGUUCUGUGAAAGACCAAAAAAGUGUGGGGGCUGUGGAGGAAGCAGCAUGACCACAGGAAGUCCCACCCACUUCGCCUCCCCCAGCUCUCAGAAUCCUCAUCAGCAGGGCGUGGAGUUUGGCAAAGCUGCAAGAUCAUACAGAGUGUGGAAGGGAACCUGCUCUCCUCUUGAGAGCACAGAAAGGACAUUCAUUAUCCCAAACAGAUGAUUUUGGUCAAAAAUGCCUUUGGUCAAAAUUUCCAAAGGAGGAAAUCAACCCCUAGGCAUAGAACAAAGUCUCAGGCAAACCAGAAACAUCCAAGAGGAUUAAAGAAGUUCAGGUGUCAGGCAUUAAAAUUACGGUUGGUUGCUGUGCAUCUCAUUAGGGGAGAGAAAAUAGAAAUGUACUUAAAUGGACCAGAGGGGAGUCAUGAGGUUGAUUCUCAGGGCUGAGUGAUCUGAACUGCAGAGACAACCUUAGAGAGAAAAUCCAUACUGGCCAGAGACCAAGUUAAUGGAAAAUGUAAUUGAAGUGAGUGAAAUGCUCAGCCUCAUAGGUAGUAUGGCCCUGUGCCCUUUGAACCAGAAAGGCUGGGCCAGGAGGCCACAGAGGGCCCUAAGGGAAAACUCCCUUAUCUGCAAGAACAAGGGGCGGGACUGAGUCUGAGAAGAGAAAAUCUGCAAACCUCCACAGGAGCCUCACUGCAAGGCUGCAUGCGGCGAGGCAAUCUUCAGGUUUCGGUCACCAGGAAGUUCCUUAGAGAUUCACAGCAGAAGGCCGCUCUGCCUCCCACAGCACCAAGCACGUGCUGGGAACCGGCGGUCCCCCAGAGGAGGGAAGGAGAGGCUGCCAGGUGGCAGAGGCACAACCACAAAGCCAAGACAGUCACCACCGAAGAGUACCUGGUGCACCCUGUGGGCAUGAACCGCUACGGCAUGGACCCCGCCGCCUCCACCUUUAACCACAGAGGAUCCUUGCCCCCCUCCUCCUCACUGUACUGCAAGAGGCAGAACUCUGGAGACAGCCACCUUGGGGGAGGUCCUGCUGCCACCUCUGGUGGUCCCCGCACCAGUCCCAUGUCUUCUGGUGGCCCCUCAGCACCUGGGCUGAGGCCCCCAGCCUCCAGCCCCAAGAGAAACGCGACCUCCCUUGAAGGAAACAGAUGUGCCUCAAGCCCUUCUCAGGACGCGCAGGGUGCCAGGUGGCCGCGGAGCAGGAACCCCUCCACCUGGACUGUGGAGGAUGUGGUGUGGUUUGUGAAGGAUGCCGACCCGCAGGCUCUGGGGCCUCACGUGGAGCUCUUCAGAAAGCACGAGAUUGAUGGCAACGCUCUGCUGCUGCUGAGGAGUGACAUGGUCAUGAAGUACCUGGGCCUGAAGCUGGGACCCGCACUGAAACUCUGCCACCACAUUGACAAACUGAAGCAAGCUAAGUUCUGACUUUUUCAAAAAGACAGAAGCGAAACCCAAAACAACAGAUCUCAAGAUUAUCUUCUGCCUUAGCAGCAUCCAGUCAACAUCACAAGAUAAACUCUCCUCUUAAAAUUAACAGACACAAAGACUUGGUCUUUCUAUAAAACUUGUGAAUCUUUGCCUUUUUAAGAAUUUAACGUGGACCUUUUGAAAAGUUUGUCUGUGUUAAUAAUUUGCCAAAAAAUUACAAAAGCCUCUGAUUUUUUUCACAUCCCUGUUAUGCUGAUUGCUCUUAAAGUGGGUCCUAUUUGCAUAAUGAGAGAAUUAUGAAUGCUUAUUCCCAACGAGAGUACUGGAGGGUUCUAAGAAUGAAAGAAGGACCUUUGUCCCUGCUGGCUCUGCAGGGACACCCACCUCAGCACCAUCUGCCUCUAACUCUGACCUGGGGACCUAUCCAUGUGAGCCUUGUUUGCCUCAGCUCUGGAAUCUGACUUCUGAAGAUGACUGCCUCACCUUGCACUAGCUGGAAAACUUGAAUUAUUUUGCUCCCUGAAAGAAAAGAAAAAAAAAUCUGUUCUAUUCCUAGAAAAUCUGAAGUACUGUGUUGCUCCACUAGAGGGCAGACUGCUAAUGAAAUUUCAGGACCCUCGCUGACUGCAGUAGCAGGAUUAUUCAGUACUGACUGGAUGGGUGUCUGUGAACAAGAUCUAGCCCACACAGAAACAGGGGAUUUAUUCCACAGUCAGCACCACAGAUUGCGACUUGGGAAGAAACCAUCAGCUAGAGGGGUCUAGUUCGUAUCCAAUCGUCAUUGACUGACUGAUUGGUACUCCACUAGCAAAGGCAAGAAUUUGGAAGCACACUCUACCCAGAUGGGACUUUGGAGUUCCUUCCCUUCCAGAGUCCUUACUGAGGUGUUGAAGUGUUGGCAUGCCGAAGAAUCUUAGUGACAUUUAGCCAUGGGUGUUUCUUUAAAAAAGGAAAAGAAAGUGUCUCGAUGAAGCUUUGAAACGGGAGAGUGUUGAUUUCUAGUUACAUUGCUGGAUUAUGUAGUUGUAUCUGUGGCUAAUUUUUCUAGUCCUCAACAAAUACACAGACAUGCUAUUACGGGGUUUAAUUCAAUUUGCAAAUAGGUUUUCCUUCCUCACCGUGGAGUAAUAGAAAAAAUUGAUUUCCUGCCCCUUUGCAGCUGUGUCCAGAGAAGAACAAUGAAUCCACAUUUUAUUAGGCAGAGGGACAACUUCCCUGCCAUUCUUUUUAUUCUCUUUUCUCUGUUUCUCUCCCUCUCUCUUCGUUCACGCUGAGCAGAAAGCAUAUCUUCAAAAUGAAUUCACCUUUGCCACACGCAUAUUCUCUUCCUUAAAAGGACACCAGCAGUGUUGGAGAUGAGGAGAUGAACAUUCGAUUUUGGAAUUUCUGGGAGGGAGAGGUUAGGGGUGACUCAGGGCCUUCCUUGGCCCAGCGGUGAAUCAGAAAAGGCACUCCUUUCGCUGGGAUGCAGCCUGAGCAGGAGUCUCAGCUGGCAAGUGAUGCAGGAUGGGAGCUCACCCUCCUCACCCCUUGAUCAACUGCCACUGUGCAGAGCAUGACCUGCAGAACCACGAGGGCAGCCCUGAGUAGAUCUCCAGAGACCCACUACUUAGAAUCCAGAUGAAGGCCGUAAGAAAUGGUCCAUGCCAUGCUGUUAGGCCUGUUUUGAUGUGCAGUAUUUGAGGAAGCACACAGUAGCCUCCUUUUCAGAAGCACAAAUGGUGGCUGGACUCAGAGCAUGGCAGAGAAGGGGAGGAGGAGAAUGUGCUAAACUUGCUCUCUGAAUUGAGCUAAGUUAUCAGAUUGUGGAAGAGCUCGAUGUCUGGUGGUUUUGUUACAGGAAGGGGGUCCCAAUCCAGACCCCAAGAGAGAGCUCUUAGAUCUCAUGCAAGAAAGAAUUCAGGUGAGUCCAUACAGUAAAGUGAAAGCAAGUUUAUUAAGAAAGUAAAGGAAUAAAAGAAUGGUUACUCCGUAGGUAGAGCAGCCUUGAGGGCUGCUGGCUGCCCAUUCUUAUGGUUAUUUCUUGAUGAUAUGCUAAACAAGGGGUGGAGUAUUCCUGCCUCCACCUGUUAGACCAUAUAGGGUGACUUUCUGACAUUGCCAUGGCGUUUGUAAACUGUCAUGGCGCUGGUGGUAGUAUAGCAGUGAGGAGGAGCAGGGGUCACUGUCAUCGCCGUCUUGGUUUUGGUAGAUUUUAGCCGGCUUCUUUACUACGCCUGUUUUAUCAGAAGGUCUUUAUAACCUGUAUCUUGUGUUACCUCCUAUCUCAUCCUGUGACUUAGGAUGCCUUAGGGGUCUGGGACUGCAGCCCGGUAGGUUUCAGCCUCAUUUCACCCAGCCCCUAUUCAAGAUGGAGUUGUUCUGGUUCCAACGCCCCUGACAGUUUCAGCACCUGAGAAAAGUACCUUGAAUCAGGCCUUGGGGCAGAGUCUUCAAGAUUUUAAGGUGAUAGGGCCUGUCUCUCGAGAGUUUAUUAAUCAUAAGUGCUCAUUGCUGGUGUAGAGUUAGAUAAAUUUCCCUCAAAACAGCCACGGGCAGGUAAUGUAUUCAGAAUUGCCAAUGUGAAAACAAUGAGAUCCAGAAAAAUCCCACAACAACCCAGGUUUUUCACUCUUUUUUUUUUUCAACCUUCUGUUACUCAUGGUACCUCUUCCAUCAAAAAACACCUCAUUUAGUGACUUCCAGUAUUAAGUUUUCAAAACUUCCUACGCACCCUCAUCAGUGCCUCCUUCACUGUAGAGCCACAAAUAUUGGUGCUCCCAAACAAAAAUCAGGCCCAAACAAUGUCAAAGAGAUGCCUCAAGUAGUUUUCAGGGGAGAGAGAUGUUCUCAUUUCAAGUCUUGGAGAAAACUGGAUCCGUGUUCGCGUGGAGCUGCUCUCGCGGAGGUGCUAUCUCAUUUCGCAUUAAACUUUAAGCAGGACAGAUUGCUGAAACCAUGAUAUUUAAGGUUUGACUUUUUAAAAAUCUCAUUACUUUUAAAAUAAAUGCUACCACAUCAGAGAAUAACCUGGGGAGGAAACUCUUCCUUGACUGUUUCUGCACUGAAAGGCAAUUAGCCGACCAAAUUAUUGUAGCAAUACCGCAAUUAUAAUUAAUUUUCACCCCUCUCAAAAAUCUUGUCAAACCAGGAAGCUAAAUAGCUUCACAAAUGUAAAACACACCAGGCCAUUUCCUCUAAACAGACCUUAAAGGGCUAGGCCACGUGGGUCACCCUCGUCCAAAUGAGAGCCGACUUGGGGGCCUCUGACUUGUACAGAUACGGUACUUGUUAUUCCAUUGCAGUAGCUUUGCUUCAGGUUGUACAGUGAAUAAUGAUAUCGUUUUGCAUAAUUCCAAAUUAGAGUGUGUAUGUGUGUGUGCCUGUGUUCAUGUUCCAAACAUUUCCAAUUACACUUGUCAAACACUUGAAAAAAAAAAAAUCAAGAGACAAUUCUAUU